GUUUGUAAGCCGCCAUUACUCUAACAGAAGGAGAUUUUCCAGUCUUCCGAUCCAUUAAGCUCGCGUUGAGUUGCGUCGCUGCGCUUGUUUACGCGUCCGUGCGCGCGCUUCCAGCGGUUAUGUAAAGUGACUCGUGAGCGCAGAUUCCCUCGCGAUGACUGGACGAUUGUGGACCCCCGAAGCGGAAGAGACGCUGAUCGAGCUCUGGCAGGAGUCUGCAUGUCUGUACGACAUUUCCUCCGCAGAUUACCACAACCGAGAGGAGAAGGACAAGCGCUGGAAGGAGGUGGCCGAUGCGCUGCAGAUGCCCCCUGAGGCGGUGGCGACCAGGGUGGCGUCUCUGAGGACUCAAUAUGCCAGACUGAGGAAGUCCAAAUCCAACCGGAGCGAGAAGAAGCCCCUCACGAUGAGGCAGCGCUGGCUCCUGAGGGCCCUCGACUUCCUGAAGCCACACAUCGUUCAUCGGCGAAGCGAGAACACUCUGGGCUUGCCGUCCUCUGAUAAAGCGGAGGACACUCUGGACGAGUCGGAUGAAAUGUCUCAGGAGACGGAUAAAGAAGUGGACAGCUUCGACUCCAUCAGUGUGUGUCUCUCCCCGAUGCCCGACACUCCAGACACCGGCAUCCCCGAGGAAACAGCCUCGUGCUCUCCAUCUCCCCGGAGCACAUCCGGCAAACGCACACGCUCCUCCGAACCUGACAUCGAGCUACAGAAGCUGGAGGUGCUGAAGCAGAUGUCUGCUAAGGUCCUGGAGAACCCGUCUCUGGACGCCGCGGCGGUCUUCUCCAGCCAGGUGGCCCUCGAGUACCGUCUGCUCAGAGACCCCAGCGUCCAGAUGCGCGUCCGCAGACAGAUCAUGGCUCUUCUCUACGAAGCACAGGAUUCAGAGAGACUUCACCGAGCGUCCACGAGACACGAACAGAGAGCGCUCAAAACAGAGGACGACGUCACUUGGAUUAACACUAACAUAUAAAUUAGAAAAAUUAUGUUUUCUACAUUGUACUGAACUUUUUUUUCCUAGUGGAGGCUUUGGGAUAAUCUACAUGUGAAGUAAUAAAACUCUCCAACACUU